CACAUGGUUUUGAGAUGGUAGGUUGGGUUCUCCUGUCAUGGGUUGGAGAGUUGAGGGGAGGAUGGAAGGGUUAUGGGUUUUUCGCCCAGGGAGGUGGUUGAUAUAGAGUGUAUGUGUAUAAGAACCCACGAGGCGCAUGUCGUGCAGAUUUGUUGAAGUUGUGUAACUACCUUUACCCGGUUUUUGUUUCAUAUUCGGCUAUUCACUUCGUUCAUCAUGUUUCUACGGGUUCCUGUUGCCUCGUUGGCACUCCUCAUUAUUGGCGUGAAGGGCCUGCCGGCUGGACCUGGGUAUUUCCCGUCGAACGUGCCUGUGACAAAUACGACGACAGUGUCUGCUGCAGCGUUUGGGCUGAUUGAUACGUAUGAUGCUAGUAAUUGGUUGAGUAAAUUCGAUGUUCAGGCUAUUGCGGAUCCAACUCACGGCUACGUCAACUACGUCAACCAAGCACAAGCCCAAUCCCUCGGGCUCAUCAAGACCCAAAACAACGCCGUCUACAUGGGCGUCGACCACACCAGCGUCCUCAACCCCUCCGGCACCGGCCGCAACAGCGUACGCCUGCAGAGCAAAACCGGCUACAACUCCGGCCUCGUGAUAGCCGACUUCGCACACGUUCCCGGCAGCAACUGCGGCUCGUGGCCCGCCUUCUGGAUGGUCGGCCCCAACUGGCCCAACCAGGGCGAACUCGACAUCCUCGAGGGCGUCAACCUCAACACGUACAACCAAGUCACAUUGCACACGUCGCCCGGGUGCGUGCCGAGCGUAGGCGCCGGUGGAGAGAGUGGGCGGAGGAUAGGGAAUGCGGAUUGUGGUGCGAAUGGCGGGUUUGUGGGGUGUGGGGUUGAGUCUGCGUCGGCGACGUCGUAUGGUACGGCGUUUAAUGCGAAUGGCGGUGGGGUGUAUGCGGCGCUGUGGACGAGCUCCGGGAUCAAGGUGUGGUAUUUUGCGGCGAAGAAUGUGCCGGCGAAUAUUAGGAGUGGGAAUCCGGAUCCGAAUACUUGGGGUACGCCGACGGCGAACUUCGCGGGGUGCGAUUUUGGUGGGAAGUUUAGGGAUAUGCACAUGGUGUUCGAUAUAACGUUUUGCGGAGAUUGGGCUGGCAGUGUUUGGGGAUCGAGUUCUUGUGCUCAGGUCAAUCCCAGCUGCAAUGCCUAUGUGGCAUCGCAGCCACAGUCGUUUGCCGAUAGCUACUGGCUGGUGAAUUCGGUGAAGGUGUACAGUGUUUGAUUCAAUGUCGGCAUUGCAUUGCUUCGUUUCUCCCUUCAUGAGCUCGUGGCACCUUCUUUUCUUGUACGCAUUUGUUCCUCCUGAAGUAAUUUCUCGUAAGGGUUGAGUCCAGGUGGUCUGAGUUGGAUAUUGUACAUUGGCAAUAAUGUUGUGAUACCCGUAGUUGGAUGCAUGAUGGAGCGUU